AUGAGUAUUACCGACGGAGAGGAAUUCGCAAGAGGCCAAGGAUAUUCCAUGGAAAUCAAAAGAUGCAGAUGGUAUGGCUUUAUAGAAGCUAUUCUCGGAAAAGGAUGCCAUCUACCCCAUCCAGAUCCUUACGAUCCUUCUAUUCUCAAAUACAUCUUCAAACCGCCACCGCUACAGUGCAAUGGACUCCAGUACGAAUUUACAUACCUUUCUAACGAUGGAUGCCAGCUACCCCAUCUAGAUCCUUACGAUCCUUCUAUUCGCAAGUACAUCUUCAAACCGCCACCACUACAGUGCAAUCGACUACAGUACGAAUUUACAUACCUAUCUAACGAUGAACCAGUCCAACCCGGAUGCGAAUUUGUUGAAACCUACUGCCGAAGGAACAGCUUUCCUAGGUCUACCAUAUACUACAACAACCAUAAUCAGAUCCUUGAGAGGGGUGAAAAGUCGGUUGUAAAAGCAUCACGCAGCAAAAAGAACGUUAUCGUCGUGGUGAUAGACUCAGUAUCGCAUUCGAACUUUAUCAGAAAUCUGCCGAAAAGUUUGGAGGUGCUCAACACCCUAUACAAAUCCUACAUUUUCGACGGGAUGAACAAAAUAGGCGAUAAUUCCUUUCCAAAUGCAGUUGCCUUCCUUGCAGGGAAAAAUCAUGCAACUGAAUUCGGUAAUGUUUACGGUCACUUCGACGAUCGCCCUUUAAUUUGGAAAAACUUUGAGAAGGCUGGUUAUACAACAUACUAUGCUGAAGAUUUCGUAGAUUUCAAUUUAUUCACCUAUCUCGCCAAAGGAUUUCGAAAGAAACCUGUACAUCAUUACCUUCGGUAA